UUUUUUUUUUUUCUUCUUCUUCUUUUUUUCCUUCCACUCAUUAAUUCCUGUUAUUUAUCUUUUUUAUUUAUUUAUAUUUAUAUAUUCUCUGAUUACUAUAGUUUUGUGAAAAAAUACCUUGAUUUUACCUUUUUGACAUUUAUAUACACUCUGUCUUAUCUUUGGUUCCAUUAUGGCAACAGCUAUUGCGUCAACUACAAUGAACACAGCGACAACACCAGGAUCACAAGCAUCACCUUCAGCUUCUGUUCCACAAUCGUCCCCACAACUACCGACUUCACAUCAUCAUCGAAAAGACGUUGCCUGUGUAUUCGUCAUUGAUGGUUCUGCUCGUAUGAAACCACAUCUCACUACUCUCUAUGAAUCCUAUGUUGAUCCUAUUUUACGUCAACUUCGAUGUCCUAUUAUUUCUGAAGGAGAAGACAAGCUAUCAAAAACACGAAUCACUCCUGUACUCAAAUAUGGUCUUGUCGUCUAUGGUGAUUAUAAUCCUUGCUCAACAGUGACAGUGGAUCGAAAGUACUUUACUUCUGAACUCGGCCUUUUCCAAAACAUUCUGAAAAGUAUCCAAUGUAAAGAUGGUGGUAUUCUCAAGAAUGCUGCUGCUGAAGGACUAGUGGCUGCCAUGGAGCUUUUUGAUGAUUAUAGGGAAGAAAGUGACAUGGUGAAUCAAGAUCCUUUACUCCAUUGCAUCCUAGUAUCCAACAGUUUACCCUACAAAACUGGUGUUGUCAACAACUUGAAGGAUCGUUACAACAACUUUACUUUGGACGAUAUAGCAGCUGAAAUGAAAAAGGUACUUUGAUAAAACCAGAUGAAUCAUCAGUAGCCUAACCUUAUAUAUUAUUGAUGCUUUUAGAACAAAGUUCAUCUAUCUCUUAUUACUCCAAGAAAGGGAUAUACGGAUUUGGAAAAGUUUCUUUUAGAUGUGAAUGAUGAA